AUGAGUGAGAAAAAGAUUCUAAUUGGACCUGCAGACGAAGAAAUCAAGGGCCUUUUAUCGCAAUCGGGGGAUCCUUUGGAAGCCAUUCGUGGCAUUCAGCGAGAUUACGGUCUAGAUCUUCCUGGUAUCGAAGCGAUAUAUCCUUUGCUGGAUUUAUGCGGCUACAGUCGUCGAGAGAUCCACGCAAAAUGUCUUGCUAUCCUUCAUAAUGCCGUUGUAGCGAGAAUACGCGAUCCUAGCUUUGCUCUUGAACACUUUUAUGAUAUCUUUGACCGUACCUUCCCUUACAUCAACAACCCCGCCAUGCAACCUAUCCCAAUGGCACUUAUGGAGAAAUUCGAAAAACAUAUUACUGACGAUACACUCGAACAACUCAAAGCCAAUCUCACCGUGUUCGAGCAAUGCCCUUUGAACAUCAAACAACGUAUUUGGAAACAAGAUGAAGGUUUCUUCCAGCAGCAGAUGAUGAGCAUUUUAAAUGAAUAUCAUCAUGACGACACGUUACAAGCCCUCGCCAUGAAUUUGAAGCCGGACAGCUACCAAGAAGUCAUCGAAAUCAGUCUGUGUUCGUUACGAGUGGAUAUUCUGAUGAAGUUCCAUGAACAGGAUCCAUUAUUGGAAAAAUCAAAGAAUGCUUUGAUGAUUGAUUAUGCAAUGGUGCUAAUGGAUCCGGUCAUUGCCAACUUUUUAUCCGUCUGCAUUGUGAAAUGGCUUCGCAAUAGUGUGGAUGAAGGCGCUCCCGGUAAUCUGGAAGAAUCCAUCAAUUACAAUGCAAAACUGCUGAAUCUGGCUGAGCAUGCGCCAGAUGCCAUUGCCACCAAGUCCAAAAUCCCAAAGAUGGAUCGAGAUCUCAAAGACAAAUUCUGGAACGCGAUGUGUGCUAUUAUUGUGGAAGAAGACGACGCCAAUAUGGGGGUGAUGGAGGACAAGGACGCCGAAGUGGUCCGUGCGCUUUUGAAAAAGAGCGAAACGGCGCGAAAAAUUUUUGUGCAUUACGUGUUGGACCGCACAUACGAAGGCGAUGUGGCCAUCUUGGGACGUUGUUUGCCAUUCAUUCUUGAAACAUUGCCUACGCAAGACGACACAUCCGCUAUCAAUAUCAUGCAUGUAGAGACGUACCUGAGCUUCUUCCGAACCUUGGUCAACAUAUUGGCGAAACGACAUCUGUUAGAAUGUGUGGCGGAUCGUCGAUGGCGGCGAAUGGUGGUGGAAGAGUUUUUACUGCAAGCCGUGGCAUGGGACAGCAAAGUCCAUCUGAAUAUGUCGUGGUUACUGGGAGAAUAUUUCAACGAUCCCAAGAACCUGGUGCCGUUGGGUGAACAAGUGGCGACGAUCGCUGAUUGGGCAGACCAAAUAUUUAUUCAGGGGCGCAAAGAUGACAAGGUAAGAAGAAAAAAGCAAUGGUUAAAUAGAUUUUGGGAUACGUUGCUAACAUGA